GAGGAUGACCCGGUCUCUUUAAGGCCGCGGGACCCUCGGCCCGAGCUACCCCGCGACCAAUCGGCGCAGCCGAGGGGCCCCAGCGCGGCUGACGCGGCGCCAAUCGGAGGCUGCGGGGGGCGGGGGCAGCUCCGGAGACACUAUUGUUGAUGAGGAGCGAGGAGCCACCGCCGCCGCGGGAGAAGCAGCAGCGGUAGCAGCGGUAGCGGCAGAAGCAGCAGCGGGGGCCGCGGCGGCUGCACUGGCUCGGGGCUGCCUGGCCUUCCGUCGUCUGGAAGGAGACCCAGCUCGCCCCGCGGCUUCGGGGGCCUCGCGGAGCAGCCUCCCCGCCCCCCGCGCUUGCAUCGCGGCCCAGGGAGGGGGCGUCAUGUCCCAGCGGGUGAGGCGCAAUGGGUCCCCCACACCGGCCGCCCCCCUCGGCGGAGGCGCGGGCGUCGCGCCCGGCCCUGGCCCCGGAGGCGCCCCCGGGAGCCGCCUGCAGCCCAUGAGGGCCACGGUGCCGUUCCAGCUGAAGCAGCAGCAGCAGCAGCAACAUGGCAGCCCCACGCGGAGCGGUAGCGGUAGCGGGGGUAACAACGGCGGCGGCGGCGGUUCGGUACCCCCAGGAGGCGGCGGUGGUGGUGGCGGCAGCGGAGGAGGAGGUGGUGGCGUCGGUGGCGUCAACGUCCCGCGCACCUCCUCGCGCAGCACGAGCCCCACGCGCGCCGGCGCCGGCGGGCCCAGCGCUCGCGCCAGUCCCACUGUGGCCACGCAGACGGGCGCGCCCCCGACGUCCACGCGGGGCACCAGUCCCACGCGUGGCGCGGGCGCGCGGGGCAGCCCUCCCCGUUCGCAGCAGCCGCCCCCCCAGCCGCUCCUAGGCACCGUCUCAUCCCCCUGUUCGUCUCCCAUCCAUCUGCUAGCGAGCGACGCGACUGCAUCCCCGGCCGCGGCCCGGGUCCGGCACCCGAGGCGUUCCCCGGAGCAGAGCCGCGGUUCCCCGGAGAGAAGGAGCCCCAGCUCCCCAGUCUGCAAGGCGGGUAUGUGUCGGGGAGGUGAAAAACCUCGGCCACCUUCAUCCAGCCCUUCCAGCAUUAUUCGUAGAACUUCCUCUUUGGAUACACUUGCUGCCCCAUAUCUUGCGGGGCACUGGCCUCGUGAUAACCAUGGGCAGUCUGUUCCAUGUAUGAGGGACAAAGCUACACAGACAGAGAGUGCAUGGGCUGAAGAAUAUGCUGAAAAGAAGAAAGGAUCCCACAAACGUUCAGCCUCUUGGGGCAGCACAGAUCAGCUUAAAGAGAUUGCAAAAUUGCGUCAGCAAUUACAGAGAAGUAAACACAGCAGUAGGCAUCAUCGGGAUAAAGAUAGACAGUCUCCAUUCCAUGGUAACCAUGCAGCCAUUAACCAGUGUCAGGCUCCUAUUCCAAAGAGUAUACUUAUUCCAGUGAUUCCCAUCACCAAAUCAACAGGGUCACGAUUCCGGAAUAGUGUUGAAGGGUUGAAUCAGGAGAUUGAAAUAAUAAUUAAAGAAACUGGAGAAAAGGAAGAGCAGCUCAUACCACAAGAUAUUCCAGAUGGUCAUCGUGCACCUCCUCCCCUGGUACAGCGCAGUAGUAGUACGCGCAGUAUUGAUACCCAAACACCUGGUGGAGCAGACAGGGGAAGUAACAAUAGCAGCCGUUCCCAAUCUGUAUCCCCCACUUCAUUCCUUACCAUCUCAAAUGAAGGUAGUGAAGAGAGCCCUUGUUCUGCUGAUGACCUUCUUGUUGAUCCCAGAGAUAAAGAAAAUGGGAACAACUCUCCUCUGCCCAAAUAUGCCACCUCACCAAAACCUAACAACAGCUAUAUGUUUAAACGGGAGCCUCCCGAAGGCUGUGAAAGGGUCAAAGUCUUUGAGGAAUGCUCGCCAAAGCAACUGCAUGAAAUCCCAGCCUUUUACUGCCCUGACAAGAAUAAAGUGAAUUUCAUUCCUAAAAGUGGUUCUGCCUUCUGUCUCGUCAGCAUCCUCAAGCCACUUCUUCCAACACAAGAUCUUACGCUUAAGGGCUCAAGCCAUGGCCUGACUGUCUCCACUGGCAUGGCGCCCACCCUGCUGCAGCCUCUCGCCAUGGCCUCCCUGGCCGCCAACCCAGAACAAGACCGGAUUUCUCGAGGAACAAGUACCGUCCUCCCCCAGGCCUCUCUGCUUCAGCAGGCAGGACCGUUUGAGGAGGCUGAGGGAUAGGCAGUGUGGCUCAUCCCGGGCUCUGGGAACCGAAGAGAAACCCAUUGGGAUGAUGGUGUGGAUGAACAUUCCAAGGCACGCCUCCUUACAGCAGCCGAGGUCGACAGCGGGAGAUGGGCCUGAGCCGUCUGUGGCGGGGAUGUCGGGAGCUCCCGGAGAGCGCUGGCCCUUGUCCCGCUGCCCAUCUGGAAGCCCUCCAAAACUUUACAUCCUGAUUUUUUUUCUUUCUUUCUUUUUCUUUUUUUAAGCACUGGUUAAAAGAAAAAGGCUGUAUCAUUCAUUACUUUUGGAGGACCAUUUUAUCACAAUACUUUUUGUGUCCCAAGUUAGACUUUUUUUUAAAAGCAAACAGAUCCCUGCAAACAUAAUUACCAAAGGGAGAAGUUACUUGAUGCUGCAAGAACCAUCUUUUAUAUAAAAAUGACUAUUUUAUAAUAAUAACAAAUGUUAAUUUUCAGAUGCAUAGCAGACAAUAGGAUGUUCAGAAGACAUUUCCCUGGCCACUUGUUUUUUGUUUCCUUUUCUAGAUGUGUAUGCUAUUCUCAGCUGUUCUCCAGCUGCUGGGACCAAAGGGAUUGUUGACAUUUUCCAGCAAUCUUAGUCUCUUGACUGUGUUCUUCUCCCAACCAACAACAGAUAAAUAAAUGCAUUGAACAUUUGUAUGUAAAAAAAAAAAGACACAAAGCAAUAUUAGUUCAUUAUGUGAUGUUGUUUUUUGAUGUCAGAAGUUUUGUGCUUUGGAUAAACCAUCCUUUUAAAAAGUGCUAUUCCCUCUUCCACAUUUAAGAUUCCUGUAUACCUUUAUCUGCAUGGUGAGAAAACUACACUCGGGAUACAAGUGCUUUAAUAUGCUAUCAGUGGAGUUUUGUUAGAAAAUCAAUGAGCCAAAAAGUAACUUAACCCCCAUCUAGUUAUCAGCCGUGUGUGAAUCAUGUGAUCUUCCCCCUUGCGUGCGUGUGCACGCACACACACACACACACACACACACACACACACAUUCAUUUCUUCAUUUCCCUCCUCUGUGUGUCGUAGCUCCAAGUGACCCUAAUGUGGCUGUGCAUGGAACUCUUCCCUUGCCUUUGUGAGCUUGCAGUGUUGUGGAUUUAUUCAGGGCCGCCGCAGUUGGCCGGGAUUGUGCUGUGUCCACUGCAGUCCGUAGCCUGAUCCCUUCUGCCUCCCCUCCCCGAUGUUUGCCUUUUUUAAGCUAGUUGGCACUCGUUUGCUGAUCCCAGUUGUCUUGAGGGUAUGGUUAGGUUUCUAUUUGGUUUGGUUUUUUACAUGUGAGAGAAAAAAUAGAAAAGAAAUGAAAGAGGAGGAGGCUCUUCUCUCUUUGAGAGUUGACACAACUUUCAGCUUAGGUAUUACGGCUGUAUACAAAGUACCACAGAUGUAACCAACAGCUGUAGGCAUUUGAUUAUCAGAUCAACUCUUAGAAAAACUGGAGGUAACAUUAGUGUAUCUGUUUCGGAGAGCUUCAGGGGUAGCUGUUGUCAAAGUAAAUAAUACUGGUAGAAGUAUCCUUUUAAAAACUUCAGACAGUAUCUUAAUAUGCAAUAUUUUUCUAUCCCUACAAAUGCUAUAGUCAGAAUCCAUUACUAGCCACCUGAAGUGGACAGAACAACUUUUGAUACUGUCAGCCAUAGUUUUCUAAGCUCAGUUUUAUCUCUUCUGGGAAAAACUGGUGGUAGGAAUAAGCUUUCCAAACUUGUAUUCAUGUUCCUUUCAAACAAUUGGUUCAUUAAAUAAUUUUAUAAUGAUGUGACUUAGCCAUAUGCAAACAUUUGAAAUAAAUCUGUUACACAUCAUUUGGUAGGUACAGUGUACUCUGAUGCCCUUUUUAUCUAAGACUAAUUCCAAGUAUACUAUAUCUCCUUUUGCAGUUAGCUUUCAAUUAUUUAGGAGUUAAUCAUCUAUUUGUUAUCUUGAUGCUCCAUUUCUCUGCCAUCUUAUUUUUGUCUGAGGUCAUUCAUUGCACAUUAGCUACUUUAAAAAUAGUCAGUGAUUUGAAGAGAUGAAAAAAAAAAUCAGUUGGUUUGGUUCCUUCAUCAGUGCUUUUCUGGUGAAAGCUGAAAUGAGUGUCUGAGAACACUAGGGUCUCUCAUAGUUUAUAAACUUUAAUAAUCCUUGCUAUGUUUUUUCUUCCUCUUUCACACCUUCCAUUAAAAAUUAUCAUAGGUAUUUCAGGUUGGUUACAAAUUGAGUGCUUUGUGAACUAAUUCAUUCAACUCUUACCCAGAUAUAUACCUAUAUCCAAUAUAGACGAUACCUAUGAAUGUUCUACAUAGCUAAAUAUGAAGCAUUUCAAAAUUACCCUUGAAGCAGGUAUUUAAAAAUUACUUUGUUUCUAGCUUGUCUGCCUUUCACCCUUCUGUCUCUUUUCACAGACAUAAAAUGAGGCUUAAUCUUAAACUACAUAUAGCAUUGCUACCACAGUAAAAUACUCACAUUGAGUGAGCCAUUAAAUAGAAUAAAAAUUCUAAUGGAUCAUUUUCCCCAAAUCUUAACUUGGAAAAUGCUAACAUUUUCUAAAAUUAUUCAACAGGCAAUGUGUAUGCAGGCGUGCGUGCGUGCGUGCGUGUGUGUGUGUGUGUGUGUGUGUGUGUGUAGGCAGAGGUGGUAUUUAGGAUGAGGAGGAACCUGAGAGAUCAUCUAGUUGAACUCCUUAAUUUUACAGAUGAGGAAACUGAGGCCAAAAGAGGUUAAAUGACUUGUUUAGAGUCAUAAUUACAUAGGAGGCUGAGCCAGGAUUCAAAUUCAGGCCAGCCAACUCAAAGUCUAACACUUUUAAAAUAAAUGGUAUCCUUUACCACUGUUAAGGUGGAGGGUUAGGAGUGAGCUGUUGUUACUGCAGAGAUUUCUCUUUAGAUAAUAAGGCUUUUCUUACUAUCAAUUUUCUUAAAUAGUUUCAUUAUUAUCUUUAAACCUCAAUAUGAGGUGGUUUGGUAUAAUGGAAAGAGAAAAAGAUUUGGAGUCAGAAGAACUAGAUCUGAAUCUCACAACCAUGGUGACACAAGGAAGUCAAUGCCUCUUGAUUAGUUUCUUCAUCUGUAAAUGAUAGUGUUGGUUGCACUAGAUGAAAUCUUAAAUACCUUCCAACUCAAAAUCCUGUGAGUGUGUUCUUUAAAGUUCUCUUGAGUGCCAAUUGCAAUUGCUUGUUUUUCCCUUUGAUAAUAUGGCUUAACACGAGCACUAAAAUUGGCCUUACAAUCCUAUAGGUUCCUCAGUAGGAUGUGUAAAAAAAUUCUUACCUAAGCUUGAAAAUCCUCUUGGACUUUUUAAAUGCUGAGAUGAAGACACCCAUUUGUUUUACCUGUGGAAUAAAUGACUAGUGAAGCAGAAAAGCAUUUUUUUUCCUUAGCAUGUGGCUUUUGCUGGAAGGUGGUGAUGUUCACAAAUUGGUUUUGUUUUCUUUCUGUGUAAGACAAGGCUACUUUUCAUUUCUUUUGUUAAAUGAAACAAAUAAAAGUGCCACCAACAGGGUUCAUUUUAUUAUUCUGUGCUUUUAAGCAAUUCCACAAUAAUUAAGAUCUUGGUUAUUUAAUCUAGUUGUCAUUGGCGCUGAAUUUACCAUUAAUUUUGGGGGAAAACUGACUCAGCACUUUAAGGCUUAGACCUAGUUUGAAAUCUGUUUUCUUCAGAGAUGAGCAGAAUAGUCAACAACAAAAGCAAGCUGGUGAUGAUAAAAGAGAAUUUUGGGAGACAUUGAGAUCUUUAAUUUAUGAUGAGGGUGUGCACUAUAAGAAAACAAGGUAGUUUUCCUUUAAAAAAUUGUUCUGUACAUCAGUGUUAAUGAUGUUAAAUAUUACCAUAUGUAUAAAAGGUGUUAAAUGUAUACAUUGUACCUUAAGAAUUGUUGGUGCCUCAUGGAAAAAAGUAAUUUACUUUUUAUGUAAAGACAAGAUAUUUGUGCAUCUUGGUGGAGUUAACAGAUAUUUUUCCCUCCCUGUUGUUAAAAAAAUAUUUCCAUGAAAAUUUGGACUAUAUUUUCAUUCCAGAAAUAUCUGGUGUCUAAUAAUUCAUUGUAAAUGGUGUGAUCUGCAAUGAAUUGAUAUAAAAAAUGGAUGCAAUUGUAGAGUUGCAAGGUGAUCUUUGCUGUUCUCCCCAAUAGCCCCAAGCGCAAAAGUGAACUGGCUUCAAGAGCUCAAAUGCAGAUGAAUAUUGAAAGAAAAUUGCUAAAUGGUUAAAAGUUGGUUUUCCAAGAGCUGCCAGUUGUACCUUGAGGUGAUUUUGCUUACAGGGUUAUUCCAUUCCACUCUGAAGAACCAGAGAGUCCUAUCAGGAGGGCCCUGUCCUUGGAGCUAUUUUUCCAAUAAGAGUGAUGGAUUAUGCUCCACUUUUGACCAGUAGUAUGCAUUUGCAAGACAGGGGGGAGGAGGGGGCAGUGAUCCUUCUCAUAGAAUACAGCAGACCUUGCUAAUGUCAUGCUGUAACCAACCCUGCUAACUAGUCAUAGAUACCAUGGAAUAUAUAACUAUGUUUUAGUAGUAGAGAAAGCUGGGCAAUACUGAACCUGUUAAGUAAUGAAAAAACUCUCCAUAGCUACCAGCUACAAAAAUAUUAACAGAACUUUUCUUAAAAAUUAAAAACGUAACAAAAAAGUUAAAAUCAGAUUUUUUAAAAUCCUUUUUAUAUUAGUUAGAAUUUAGUAGUGCCCAUCUAAUUUUGUUAAUAAAGCUCUUCCAUUGGUAAUUUGAGUUACCAAGCUGAGAUACUGUAGUGAUUUUUCCUUUGUUUUCUUCCUUUUAAACCAUUUAUAUUCCUCCCUUACCCUAAAGUUCUGUUGAUAAGGAAGAACAAGUUCUGCAAAAUGUAGGAUUAGCCCUGAUGUGAUUUUCAGCAUCUUAAUCUUCUUUUCUGUCAUUGUUACCUGGUUUGACAGUAUUAAAUGUGCAACAAACCUCCAUUUGGAAGCAGCUGUGAUCAUUUCUCCUUCAGUUGAUCUCUAGAAGCCUUCUCUGAAAAUAUCAGAUGGUAGUUUUCAUAGCAGUUCACUUCCAGCAUGACAGAAAGUCUGAAUUUUUUUUCUCUUGCCAAAAUAAGUCAUUUUUAUCGGUGUUUUUAAAAUCUUGAUUUUUACCAGAAAGCUACAUGAGAUUUACAGUGUGUUGUUUACAAUCUUUGUUGCUACAUAUGGUUCCUUUUUUCAAAUGUGUGUCUUUGGGUAUGCAGAAGAGUUUUGUUUGGAGCUGUUUUUUCUCUGUUUACUAAAAUAUGGAUUUGAGAGGAUGUCUGCAAGACAUUUCUUCUUAGAAGAAGCUUUUAAACCUAGCCACACCCACCUGAUUCACACCCCUUAAAUAAAUUCUCCAGAAUGUC